AUGAUAUUGCAGGGUAAUAGCAUCAAAAUACAAUCAAUACACGAUUUAGAACUAGCUAUACGGGAUACCAUUGUAAAAAUAGAUUUCAAAAUCUUGUUAGAGAUUACAACCGGAGCUAGUGUCAUGAAGACACAUACUGGGAUCAAACGAUCAUACACCAUCGUAUUCGAAUUCACAGAUGAAGCUUUGAUUGAGAAUUCGGAGGAAUAUCACGCCUUACGCAAGAGCGUAAAAAAGAAAAAGUAUAUAGGUAAGGGAGACGAGAAUCAAGAGGAAUUUUUUCCCCAUUAUGGAAACUACCAUCUCCAGGCACUCACAUUGAAUUUUCUAAAAAACAUACCAGGCUUUCUCAAUGAGGGAGUCGACAUUCCGACGCUAAGUAAUUGCCACAAUGUAACGGGCAAAUUUUAUCGGUUCCACUUCGAGCAUUCACGACGCAUCGAAAUUAUCAAGGAGGAAGACGGCAGUAAAGUCUAUCAACGAACGCAAUCAAAUACUAUAAUAAUACAAGACGAUCGGAGUCCACCGCCGACUGCACCCAUACAAAGUCAGUCGAAUCAAACCAACGAUGAGCAAGGCCGAGAACCAACACCUCCGAAUAAAGUACAAGGUUUGAUAACCGAACUAUCCACACUCACUAAAGGUGAAUCUGACGAAGCCGAUGAGAAUGAGAUACCUGAUUGA